ACAUAUCGUACUGCGGCAUGACAGUCUUAUAAAUAGUCAUCUUUGUUUUACUGAACCGUACACGUCAGACAAAAUAUUGUCCCACAUAAAAAAAAAGUUAGAAAAGUAAAUAGUUUUAAGUAAACGUCGUGUGGAACACGCAGUACUGUUUCCAAAUUCAUUCUGACCGUCACUUGAAUUACUUUUAAUUCAAGAAAUUCGGUUUCUCAUCAAAAUAGUUUUAAUUUUUAAUAAAUUCAGCAAUAGAAAAAAAUUCACAAUAUGAAGCAACGUCUAGUGGUUGCGCUUAUAUUGAGCACAUUUGCUUUAAUAGGUAGUGUACAAUAUGCAUUUGGAGCGGCUGUGAUGUCUGUCGAUUUGGGUAGUGAAUGGAUGAAAGUUGGUAUUGUUUCGGCUGGAGUUCCCAUGGAAAUUGCGCUCAAUAAAGAAUCAAAACGGAAAACACCGGUCAUUAUUGCAUUCCGAGAUGGACAACGCCUUUUCGGAGAAGAUGCUGCAACGGUUGGUCUCCGUUUCCCAAAGAACAGUUUCCAUUAUUUGUUAGAUUUAUUGGGUAAAACGGUUGACAAUCCAAUCGUUAAAUUGUAUCAAAAACGUUUUCCAUAUUAUGACAUCGAAGCUGAUCCAGAACGAAAUACAGUCGUUUUCAAAAUUGACGACGACACUAAGUACAGCGUUGAGGAAUUGAUUGCUCAAAUUUUGCAAAAAGCACGCGAUUUUGCCGAGAGUUCGACAGGUCAACCGAUAACAGAAUGUACAAUCACAAUUCCUGGUUUCUUUGGGCAAGCUGAAAGAACUGCACUUUUAACUGCUGCCAAUCUUGCCAAUCUCAAAGUACUUCAACUUAUCAACGAUUAUACCGCCGUUGCCUUGAACUAUGGCAUUUUUUCACGCAAAGAAAUCACCGAUAAUGCUAAAUAUUUCGUUUUCUACGACAUGGGAGCCUAUCAUACAACAGCCGCCGUCGUCAGCUAUCAAUUGGUUAAGGAUAAAGUGACACGUGAAACAAAUCCGGUGGUUCAAGUUCUUGGCGUUGGUUAUGAUCGUACUUUGGGCGGUUUGGAAAUGCAGCUGCGUCUUCGCGACCAUUUGGGCAAAGAAUUUAAUAAAAUGAAGAAGACAAAAACCGAUGUUUUCACCAGUCCACGUGCCCUAGCCAAAUUAUUCAAAGAAGCCGGACGUGUUAAGAACGUUCUUUCGGCAAACUCCGAUCAUUUUGCACAAAUCGAGGGAUUAUUGGAUGAACAGGAUUUCCGUAUGCAAGUCACUCGUGAGAAGUUUGAAGAAUUAUGUAAAGAUCUAUUCGACCGUGUCAUUAGCCCGUUGGAACAAGCAUUGAAAAAUUCAAAUCUCAAUUUAAGCGUAAUCAAUCAAGUGACUCUAUUUGGUGGCAGUUCACGUGUACCAAAGGUGCAAGAAGCACUCAAAACAUAUGUAAAUGCUGAAUUGGGCAAGAAUAUUAAUUCUGAUGAGGCUGCCGCAUUGGGCGCUGUUUACAAAGCAGCAGAUCUUGCAACCGGUUUCCGUGUAUCGAAAUUCAUCGUUAAAGAAGCCGUACUAUUCCCAAUUCAAGUGACCUUUGAACGUGAAGGUAACAGUGGCAAUACAAAAUUGGUGAAACGUAGCCUAUUCACCGCUUUCGGUUCAUAUCCACAAAAGAAAGUCAUUACAUUUAACAAAAAUACCGAAGACUUUGAGUUUGAUGUUAGCUACGCUGAAUUCGAUCAUUUGCCAAGCAACGAAAUCCAGUACAUUGGUUCAGUAAAUUUGUUGAAAAUCAAAUUGAAUGAUGUUGCCAAAGUGAUUGCAGCCAAUACCGGUGAAAAUGUUGAACCAAAAGGAAUUAAAGCACAUUUUAUUAUGGAUGAUUGUGGUUUAUUCUCAUUGUCCGGCAUUGAAUUCGUUGCCGACAAAAAUGUCACCGAACAAGACGAAGAGAGCUCAUUCGCUAAACUCGGUAGUACCAUUACGAAAUUGUUUAGCAGUGGUGACGAAGAAAAGAAAGACACGGAAGAAAAACCAACCGAAGAAAGUGAAAAGACCACCGAAGAUGAGAAAAAAACCAGCGAAGGUGAAGCAACUGCUAAUAAAACAGCAACAAAUGAAACAGAAUCAGCAACACCAAGCGCCACCGAAAAGAAAGCAACCUCAAAAAUUGUUAAUAUCAAAGAACCAAUUCCACAUGUUGUUGAUACUUUGUACGGAGUUCAGUUGCUGGGCGAUAAAUUCGAAGAGGCACGUAAAAAAGUUGACGAUCUCAAUGAAUUGGAACGGCAAAUUGUACGACGCGAAGGCGCAUUGAAUGCGUUGGAAAGUUUUGUCAUCGAAGCUAAUCAACGACUCGAUGAAGACGAAUAUGCAAGCUGUGCGACAGAAAAGGAAAUUGAAACCGUUCGCAAAGCAUGCGCUGAAGUGUCAGACUGGAUUUAUGAAGAUGGCGAAGGCGCUGAUGCUGAGACAUACGAAAAGAAAUUGGCCGAAUUACAAGAAAAAUCGAAUCCAAUCUAUGCACGUCACUGGGAACAUAGAGAACGACCAGAUGCCGUUGACACAUUCAAUAAGAUGAUAACAAGCGCCAAGACUUUCCUAACAAAUGCCAAGAAUAUGACAAAAGAAUCGAAUGCUGACAAAGACAUUUUCACUCAGGUUGAAAUCGAUACGCUCGAAAAGGCAAUCACCGAUGCCGAAGAAUGGUUGACGUCACAACAAGAUGCACAAAAUAAAUUGAAGAGAUCGGAUACUGUGCAAAUGACCGUCAAAUCAAUUACCGAUCGUAUGAUGUUAUUGGAUCGUGAAGUAAAAUAUUUGAUCAAUAAAUUGAAAAUCUGGAAACCAAAAGUCAAAGACACGCCGAAGAAGUCGAAAAAAUCAUCAAGUUCGAACGAUACAACAACAGAAAAUGAAACAACAAAAACUGAAGAGACUGUUGAUGAACCAGAAACGGUCAAAGAGGAACAAGACGCUCCGGCACCUGAGAAAAAAGACACCGAAGGUGACACACAUAGUGAAUUGUAAACAAUGAAUCACACACGCAUUUGAAGAAUACAUUUUCAGGAUUAAAAUAUUAGGCGCAUUAUCCACCCAUGUUUUUAUAAGUUACCUUUCAUGCAGCAGAGUAGUUUUUCAUUUGAUGUUUAUAUCGUUUUUAUUUAAAGAAAAAAAAUUGUAGAAAACUUGCAUGCCGCCUAAUUUAUGUAAACUUGAAUUAAGACUUAAAUGUGGAUGUUUUGCAUUUUCUCCAUUUGCAUGACGAGAAAUAAUAAUAAUUGUAAUAACAACAACAACACUCCAGCUCAGUACCUUUUUUGCAAUUUUAAGUGUGUAAAUUUAAAUUGAAAAAUUUGAUAAAUACGAAAAUUCGACACCAUCCAUUCCAGCGAUCUUGUACUCUUUCUCACAAAUGCAAAAUUCAAACGAAACGAAAAUUAAAUAAAAUAUCUAAAUUUAUCGGAACCAAUGAAAAUUACUUGAAGUAAUGCAGUAAACCAACAUUUUUCCAUCAUUUUUAAGAAGCAAACUGAGUAAAUAAGCGAAAAAUAGAAAUGAAUUUUGUAUGAUUUAAAUUAUUUAAAAUAAUCUAAGUGUAUAAAUUGUGGAGAAAACGUGUCGAAAUAAGUGAAAAAUUAAGAGCAACAGACCGAAACUAUAUAGUAAUAAAAAUGAUUAAAUUAAAACACCAAAACAG